AUGUCGAGCUCGUCUUCGAGGAAGCAUUUGGUAGGGGUGAAAGUGCUCCAGCUGUCGCGGCCGGUGCUGAGUCGGGCCGAGAUAUUGAAGGAGACCCCGUCGACGCUGGUCGAGCUGCCCUCGUCGUUUAAUGUUUAUGUUGGCGAGAAGUUCUCUUGUCUGGUGUCGGUAUACUCUGAAUCCACCCAGCCGGUCCAUGUCAAUUUAAGUGUGUUUGUCGUCACUCCAUCGCACAAAGAAACGGUAUUAGUACAUUCUGACCAACCGGAAGUGUCUGAGUUCACCCUUGAACCUGGCAAAUCAACUCAAUUGACAGUCCACUACGAACCGAAAAGCAGCGGGUCUCACAGUCUCACCACAGCCAUCAGCUACAGACCCAAAGUCUACGAAUCAGCUGAAGAUCUCUCUGACGAGGGAUCCGGUUCUCCAUCUACACAACAGACACCUGGAAAAACCAAUUCUUCAACUCCAACUGGAACAUCUGGAACUCAGGCGGAUCAGAACCCGAUCACGAACCCGAUAGUCAAGUUCCACAAACGUAAUGAAUUCCUGGCCACCCAGGCCCUUGAAGUACGCGGUAAAGUGACCUUUAUUGACGGAAACCAGUCGGCGUAUACUUUUGAAGCCGAGAUAGAAAAUGUGUCACACAACACCAUGAUCCUCGAAACAGUCGACCUUCUCCCCGGGACGGGCUGGUUAGCAACCGCAUCUCCCAACACUCCCGACACCCCUCUCCACCCCAAAGACGUCUGGCAAAUGGCCUACAUCGUCACCACCGACCCCGACGCCACAACCGUCACAUCAGCCCGUCCCGACAAAUUCAUGCUCGGCUGGCGUCGCGAACCUCUCGGCGAACGGGGCUGGCUGGCUCUGUAA